UAUUACGCUGAUUAUCCAUAUAUACUUUCGAUUGGAAUUGCAUAUUUUACCUUGCUAUUUUUAUUGGUCUUUUUAAAUGUUCAUGUUAAGGCAUGUUAUGCUUGACCAGAACGAGCCACCGUAAUGCGUCACAUGUUGACUUCAGCAAUUUACCAUGUGACUGUGGUUUCUAUCGACAUGUUCUUGACACUUUUGAAAAGUGAAGAUUAUUAUUGGAAUUGUUUGAGAUAUAUUUACUAAAUUUAUCAUUAGCAACUUUUUUCAGUUUUUGUGUGAUGUAUUUUUAAAAAAUCAGUAUCGAGACUAACUGCCAAGCUAACUUUAACUCAGGUAGUGUGUGUUGACAGUUAUUAGCUACAGUAGGUAGCUAACUAUUACGCUAACGUUAGCUCAUUGGCUAGCUAAAGAGGCAAAAUCAAAUAGGUGAGUUUUUAAAUGUUAACUAACUGCACAUCAGUUUCGGAGGCAAUGUGGUAAGUAAGCUAACUACGUUAGAAACUACUAGUAAAACCGCAAAGUUGCAGUUCUAUUCCACCCACAAAUUUCACAGUUUGCUAGCUAGCUAAGUUAUACAGUAUCUAAAUACCUGUAACUAGCUAGCUAACCAACUUUUCCUGUGUUGGUGAGCAAAUGUUAUCUAAUGAUGACUUCGAUAUAGAAUGCUAAAAUAUAUUUACUUUUGAGUAUAUUUACUAGGAUAGAAUGUAAUUGUGCUGGUGCCAAUUCAGUAUAAUAAUUAAAUGCUUCUUUGUAUCUGGUUGUGUGUUCAUACUAGGUUGGAACAAAAGCCUGCACAUACAGCAUAACUUUAAUACCAUGACUAAGUGGCCAACAAUUUGCUAAAUCCUGUAACAAAGCUACAGAUGCGGCUAAAGGAUCCAUUCUCCUUGAAAACCGCGGACAUGACUAAGCGGACUAACAAGCCGAGGAAGCCUCGAGAUGAGGAGUCAUCAGACGAAGUUAGCGGGCUGACUUGCCAGCAUGUCAGCAAGGCGGUUGAUCUGAGCUCGGUCAAGAAGGCGGUCACCUCAUGCAUGUGGUCCACAUGUUCUGAUUGCCUCCGGGAAAGGACUUUGGUAGACGGAGUGCCAACCAGUGGACACGACAUUCUCGUAUGCCUGAAAUGUGGCUUCCAGGGCUGUAACCAAUCAGAGAGCCAACACUCUACCAAGCACCACCAAACCCUCCGCCCUGAGACCCACUGCAUCUCUAUCAGCCUUAGCACAUGGAAGGCCUGGUGUUUUGAAUGUAAUGAAGAGCUCUCCACUCACUGCAAUAAGAUGGCUUUGGCCCAGACCCUGGACUUCCUACAAAAGCAUUCCGUCAAGGCAGCCUCAGCAUCUAAAGUGAUCAAGCCGAGAGAGGAGCCGGGAGACUACACCGAUCAGCCAAGAGGGAAGAGUCCAGUCAACAGCACGCUGGUCCCAGUCAAAGGCAUCAACAACCUUGGAAACACCUGCUUCUUUAACGCGGUUAUGCAGAAUCUGUCCCAGACUCACAUGCUGAACGACCUGAUACAGGACGUAAAGGAGAAGGGCCACAAGCUAAAGAUUGUCCCCCCUUCUGAGUCAAACGUGGGGCCUUUGACUGUGACCCUGCCCAGCCCAGAGCCCCUGACUUCAGCCAUGUUCCUCUUCCUUCAUAGCAUGAAGGAGUUGGGGAAAGGCCCUGUCAACCCAAAGAUUCUCUUCAACCAGCUCUGCCAGAAGGCUCCACGCUUUAAAGGCUAUCAGCAGCAGGACAGCCAAGAGCUGCUUCACUACCUUCUGGACUCAUUGAGGGUCGAGGAGACCAAGCGGAUCAAAGCAAGCAUUCUGAAGUCCUUCAACAACCCCACGGAGAAGACCGCAGAUGCCGAGACCAAACGCCAAGUCAAAGCCUAUGGAAAGGAGGGUGUGAGGAUGAACUUUGUGGAUCGCAUUUUUGUGGGCGAGCUAACCAACACUAUUAUGUGCGAGGAGUGCGAACAUAUCUCCACAGUGAAAGAGGCCUUCAUCGACAUCUCUCUGCCUAUCAUCGAAGAGAGGAUGUCCAAGCCCUCAAACCCGGGAAGGACGGGCAAGGUCGUUAAAGACCAGGAAGUGCACAUAUCCCACGCUGAUGAGAUGCUAGCCUCCGCCGCGCACAAUAAAAACACCAGGAAACCAAGCGGACAGAAGCAGCAGCCGUGCAAAAGGUCCCCCGGCUUGGCAGAGGAGAGGGGGACGGACGGGCCCUCAGACGGCCCCGAGCAGGACUCCCCCUCCACGAUGUCCCACACGGCCGGGGCUUCCAAGAUGGCUGCCAAUAGCCUCUCGGACGGCAGCGAGAAAGACUCGGGCCCUCAGGACAGCAGCAACGACGCAGACAGCGAGGCCUCCGAGAGCGAGUGGACUCCCCGGUCAUUGUCGGCCCAUUGCGGCCGAGGGUCCACCCAGAGUCCUGCGCCCCUGGCCACACCGUCCGUGGCCUCCCUCGACCCACAGCAGGUCGGUGCAGUGGAGCAGCUAGUCACCGCUGUGCAUAAAAUGAACAUAGGCCCUGCCUUGGUGGGCGCACAUAGUACCGAGGAGCAGGGGGAGCCCCAUCAGCAGCACCCUCACCACCAGGGGGCGUUCCAGGCCCUGUCUCACAGCUACACGCCCUGCUCCAAAGAGUGCUCCGUCCAGUCAUGCCUUCACCAAUUCACCUCAGUGGAGUUGCUAAUGGGCAACAACAAGCUGCUGUGCGAGAGCUGCACGGAGCGCCGGCAAAAACAGCUGCGCAAGAGUUCCUCUGCCGAGAAGAAGACGGAGAAGGUCUACACAAGUGCUCGCAAACAGAUGCUGAUCUCAAUAUUGCCCCCAGUGGUCACUUUGCAUCUUAAACGCUUCCAUCAGGCAGGAAUGAACGUACGGAAAGUCAACCGCCAUGUCGACUUCCCCCUCAUCCUGGACCUGGCUCCGUUCUGCUCAGCGUCCUGCAAGAACCUGGCGGCGGGCGACCGUGUGCUCUACAGCCUGUAUGGGAUUGUCGAGCACAGCGGGUCGAUGCGCGGUGGCCACUAUACGGCGUACGUGAAGGUUCGUUCACCCCAGAGGAGGGUAGAGCAGUCUCAGCGCAGAAACAUGGCUGGUCCGAGGGAGGCCAGCAGUACCGCACAGGGUCAGUGGGUGUAUGUGAGUGACACCAACGUCCAGGCGGUACCCGAGUCCAGAGUGCUCAACUCUCAAGCCUACCUGCUGUUCUACGAGGAGGUCCUGUGACCCUCUCAGGAGAGAAAGAGAACAAGGCUGUAAGAGAGCGUAAACACUGCUUUGUGUGUCUCCAAAGUUUGACUCCUAAGAGCCGGAAAACAUGGAACACACUGCAUCAUGGAAUUUGUAGGCCAUCCUGAACCGGUGUUACCGGGAUGUAUGCCGGACCACUGAGCACAAGAGGAUUACAUUUGUCCACGUACGUUUGCUAAUGUGUCUGUGUGUGUGAGCCAGAGAAAUUGGGAGGGGAUGACAAGUAUUUGUAUUUAGCACAAAUUCUAAGCAGAAAUGCUGUUAUUUAUAUUUUAAGACUUGCUGCGCUGAAAAUAUAUAUAUUUCUCUUUUUUUGUGUGCAAAUGUGCAACUUUCAUUCAACUACGAAUGCCAAAUACCUUUUGCUAAUAGAAAUUACGGAAAACAAAGUAAAACAUCCAGAAAAAACAUAUCGCCCAGUGUGUUGUGGCACUAGUAAGUGCCAAAAGCAUGUCAUCUGUAACUGUCCCUUAAGAGAUGCUGGUAAUAUGUUGUGCGGUCUUAGUGUUUUUGCAGCCCAUGGCCUUGAUGUGUUGGCCGUUUGCACACUGGUGCAUAAACUAUGUGACCACACAGGUACAAAGACAUUGGGAUAUUUCGGAACAUUACUAUGAUGGUGUUCAGCUUGCGGGACAAUAACAAUAGUUUCAGGUUAAUAUCUCUUUAUCCCGUAUGUUCUACUGUAUUUUAAACAUCUCUGAAUACAUUGCAUGGGCUAAGGGCAGUGAAUGUGUUGCUCAACCUUGGGAUUUGAAUGUCUUAGUAUUUAUGUUCAUUGUUUAUUUUAUUUUUAUUAAUGAAGAAACUAUUAAAAUAAUGUUGGUUGGUGGGAUUUUGCCAAGUUUUCCUGUUUAGGUAUUACAAUAUGGAAGUGAUUUCAUUUUAUUUAAAAUAAAUAUUCAGUGCCUACACACUGGGAUUGAGUUUCUGCAUGAAACAAACAAAUAAUUAUGGGAAAAAUGACUUGUGUUCAAUGUAUUUGCACAAUCAUGUGGUGUAUUAACACAUUACAAAAAAAGAAAAAACAUUCAACUUGUCAGAUGCAGAACCGAAGAAAACAAAGUAGUAUCUUCAACUCUGGUAUUCUCCUUUGGUAAAUUUAUUUAGACUUACAUGAAAAGACAAUGUUAUGAUUGUAAUUUAAUCUUUUCAGUUGAGAAGUUGUCUUGUGAAUCUAGAUCAGUGCUGGCCAACCCUGUUCCUGGAGAGCCACAAUCCUGUAGGUUUUCUCUUCAGCCUCAUUUGUGACUAACCUGAGUGGCUUUUCAUCUAACUACUAAUUAGAAUCAGGUGUGCUGAAUAAGAUUUGGGAGAGAGAACCUAUAGGACUGUGGCUCUCCAGGAACAGGGUUGGCCAGCCCUGGUCUAGAUAUUACUCUUUAACACAAUAUUAAACCAUAUGCCGAUAUGGUCUAAGUUUUUCUCCUGGCUUUUUUUCUUUCUGAAAAUGUCAGUUUAUUUAUUUAAAUAAAUCUUUACAUUUUUUAAUAUGUGAAAUCA